GCUUCCGGGUGGAGUGUGGGCGCCGAGCCUGAGCGGCCUCUCCUCACUCACCUGCAGCUUCUUGUGGGAGCCCCUCUGGAGUUCGUGUCCUGGAAGUUUCCAGAAGGUUUAGACAAGACAAGCUUUAUUUCUAGUACAAUACACUGUAAACAACACAAAGGCUCAUCGAAAGAGGCUCUGAAAAUGGACUGUCCUACAUCCAGGCAAUGGCAUGUGAAAAACCAGAAUUCCUGCAAAGGCAUCGCUGGAAAUGAUAACCCUCCUUGCUUUUCUUCUGGUCUUGGGCCUGCCACGGGUGGAGAGCAAUGUCACCGUGCCGGCAAAUCAAGGGUCUACCUUGAGGUGUCACGUUUGUGAGCGGGAGAACAGUGUCGAAUGCCAAGCUCCAGAGAACUGUGACACGGGCUCUACCUACUGUAUCUCUGCUGCCGUGAGAAUAUUUCCACGGUACUUCCUUAAUUCUAAGCAGUGUGCGGUGAACUGUGGGUUGUAUGAGACACUUUCACGGAUGGCCAGGUCGUUCGUGCUCAUAAAGCCCACACCCUUUCUGUUCCUGGCGUGCUGUACAUCCAACCUGUGCAACGUCCAGAAACCAGUCAUCAAAGAAAACACAGAAGAUGCCUACUUGAAUCCCGGCAUGGGGCGGGGCAGGGGCAGAAGCGCUGCGCCGAUGCCUUUCCUGAUACUGGCCUCUGCGCUCCUGGGCCUCAGGCUGCCGUGACAAAGCCAACUGGCUGCAGGUGGUUAGAACUUGUUGUAUUAAAUUUGUUUUCCAUCAGUUA